AAGGUACCUAGUGUAUAGUUUUUAUAAUUUUUAUCAUCCUUUUUAAAAACAAUUAUUAGCAUUUUUUUGUUGACAAUAUUUUUUUUUAGAUCCUUACGGCCUUGAAUUUUUAUGCUCGGGGUAGUUACCAAGGGUCUGUAGGGCAAAAUUUGGAUGGGCCAAUGGCACAACAGACAGUUUCUCGUUGUCUGCAGGAGGUGACAAAUGCUCUUAACGCAUCUGAUAUUUUAAAAAAAUAUAUUAAGUUUCCACAAAAUAGAAAUGAAAGGAAUUUUAUUAAGCGGCGGUUUUAUGAGAAAUAUGAUAUUCCUGGAGUGAUUGGGUGCAUUGAUUGCACCCAUAUAGCUAUUGUCAGACCAUCGGAGCAUGAGGAACAAUAUUUUAAUCGAAAACAUUUUCAUUCGAUUAACACACAAGUUAUUUGUGAUAGCGACUGCUAUAUUACAAAUGUGGAUGCUUCAUAUGGUGGAGCAACACAUGAUGCCUACAUUUGGAGAGAGUGUGACAUAAGAACCCACAUGGAGAGUAUCCAAAAUGAAACCGUUUAUUUACUAGGUAUAUGUGUUAAUAUUUUAUUGUCUUAGUAUGGGCAUGUAAUGCAAAGGAAUGAAGACGCUGUGGUAAAAAAGGCUUAAAACUGAAUGUGGAGGGAUGCUAGGGUAGAGGAAGGACAAAAAGCUAUGG